AUGCACCAUGGUAAUGGUCCUCAGAAUGCCCAGCGCCAGCUCCAGAGGUCCAGGUCCUUCACAGGCAGUGAGGGAGAAGAGCAGCAGGCAAAUUUACCCCAGUCCCCUGCAGCUUCUUUUGCGCCUUCUGCAAGUCCAUCUGCACCCCAGUCCCCCAGUUACCAAAUACAGCAGUUCAUAAUGAGUCGCAGUCCCGUAGCGGGGCAGAAUGUGAACAUCACGCUGCAGAACGUUGGGCCGGUGGCUUCAGGAAACCAGCAGAUAACGCUUACCCCAUUGCCAAUUCCAAACCCCACGUCACCGAGUUUUCAGUUCAGCCCCCAGCAGAGGCGGUUCGAGCAUGGAUCCCCCUCGUACAUUCAAGUCACGUCGCCGCUGCCUCAGCAAGUCCAGUCUCAGAGCCCGACGCAGCCUAACCCUGUGCCAGUGCAAACGUUACCCAAUGUUCGGGCAGGCACUCCAGGCCCCGGCUUGGGGAUGUGCAGCCAGAGCCCUACUAGAGGGUUUGUAGAUGCUAGUGUGCUGGUGAGACAGAUCAGCUUGAGUCCUUCAAACGGUGGACACUUCGUUUAUCAGGAAGGACCGGGAAUUGCCCAAAUUGCUCAAGGAGCUGCUGCACAGGUGCAGCUUCCAUCGUCUGGGACGCCUGCUACGGUGAGGGAACGCAGGCUUUCCCAGCCUCAUUCGCAGUCUGGUGGCACCAUUCAUCAUCUUGGUCCUCAAAGUCCUGUAGCUAGCGGAGCAAAUAUGCAGUCUUUGACUAGCCCGGGCCAUAUUACGACGACCAGCUUGCCGCCCCAAAUCAGCAAUAUUAUCCAAGGGCAACUUAUGCAACAGCAGCAGCAAGUACUUCAAGGGCAGCAGCUGGGUAGACCCAUUGGAUAUGACAGGACUUCUGGUGGAUUGAUAGCAGGAGUUGGAGGACCUAGUGCAUUUGGAAUGACAUCACCACCUCCUCCCACAAGUCCCUCACGGGCCACUGUACCACAGGGGCUGUCAAGUCUUCCUCUUACUCCUACAGUUAAUACGGCCAUGAAAAAACAACCCAAAAAAUUGGAGGAGAUUCCUCCUGCCAACCAAGAGACUGCUCAAAUGAGAAAACAAUGUUUGGAUCAUCACCACAAGCAGAUGGAAAUUCUUAAGGAAACUUUUAAGGAAUGUUUGAUUGAACUGUUUUUCCUGCAACAUCUUCAAGGGAAUAUGAUGGAUUUUUUAGCUUUUAAGAAGAAACAUUGUGUUCCACUGCAAGCAUACCUGAGGCAAAAUGACUUGGAUCUGGAGGAGGAAGAAGAGGAAGAACAAUCUGAGGUCAUCAAUGAUGAGCAAACGCAUACAGGGACUCCAGUAACGGGGACUGUGAACACCAUAGAAAUCGAAGCUUUUAAGAGACAGCAGGCACUGGCACCAGCAGAUUCGUCUAAGAGACCACGAAUUGAAGUGGGCCGUCAUGGGAUGGUUUUUCAGCACCCGGGUGUGGCUUCAGGAGUUCCUCUUCAACAGCUAAUGCCAACGGCACAAGGUGGAAUGCCUCCCACUCCUCAGACUGUACAGCUGACCGGACAGAAGCAGAGUCAACAACAGUACGACCCGUCUAAAGGCCCCCCGGUGCAGAACGCAGCGAGCCUGCACACGCCUCCGCCGCAGCUGCCGGGGAGGCUCCAGCCUGUGAAUGCCCCCAUGACGGCUCUGCCAGCUGCGCUGCAGCUUUCACAGCAGCCACCACAGAUAGUGGAAUCUCCAGCUCAGCCUCAGAUUCAGGUGAAGAUCCAGCCUCAAAGCGUACCCCUGACUUCUGCUCCGCUUCCAGCACCACUUCAACAGCAGGUGCCACCAGCAAUCCAUGUGCAAGGACAGACACCAAACCAAGUGUCACAGCCACAAGCUACAAUACAGCAACAGACUGUGACUCUGACACGACCGUCUGCAGAUCCUGCUCAGACUUCACAGCGUCUUGCGGCAAAUACGCUACCACCUACCUCAUCCGUUGCACCAGCAACUGUCUCAGGCACAACACCGCCUUCUCCGUACCCAGUACAAACAAACAGGACCUCUCCAGCAACUAACAAGUCCCUGUCUCCUAUUGCAUCAAAACCUCCAGGCUUAGCAGUAGCAGCAGCCCCUAAAACACAAAGCCCAGCUCAGAAUGCAGCAGUAUUACCACAGGACAACUCUCAAGACAAGCUUGCUGAGCAAGUAAAGUUGGAAAAUCAAAUCCAUCAGCGAAUAGCGGAACUGAGAAAGGAAGGUUUAUGGUCCCUCAGGCGACUGCCUAAACUCCAAGAGGCUCCAAGGCCGAAAUCUCACUGGGAUUAUUUGCUGGAAGAAAUGCAGUGGAUGGCAACUGAUUUUGCCCAAGAGAGAAAGUGGAAGAUGGCAACUGCUAAGAAGAUGGUAAGAACUGUGGCUCGUUAUCAUGAAGAAAAGAAACUUAAUGAAGAGCGAGCUAAGAGGGAAGAACAAAACAAACUAAGGCGAAUUGCUGCAUCAAUUGCUAGAGAAAUAGAAUACUUCUGGUCUAAUAUUGAACAGGUUGUUGAAAUAAAACUGCAAAUUGAAUUUCAAGAGAAAAGGAAGAAAGCUUUGAAUUUAAAGAGAAUUUCAAGGAAAGGUAAGGAUAUAAAACCUGCAGAAGACUUUUUAUUGGAAAAAGAAAGUGAAAUGGGUUCAUCAUCAGGAAGGAAAAGAAAGGCAAGCACAUCUUUGACUGAUGAGGAAGUUGAAGAUGAAGAAGAAACAAUUGAAGAACAAGAAGCUAAAGAAGGAAACAUAAACCAUCAAACUGAAUUGUCUAAUCUAGCCAAAGAAGCUGAAUUGCCUCUGGAAGAUUUACUAAAGAUGUAUGAAGGUGCCUUUGCAGAAAACUUUCACUGGCCCCAGCCGAAGCCUGACAGUGAAGAGGAUAGCAGUGAGGAAGAAAUGGAAGACCAUAUCUCUGAUAGGGAAAGUCCUCAGAAAGAAGUUGUUCUCAUAGACUCCCUUCUUAGCAUUGACCAGUACAAAGGUAUAGACAGAUCAAGUCCUCCAAAGAAGCAUAUGCGAGACAUAGCAGAAGUUGCUGCUGCAGCAGAAAUGCUGUUACCUAAAGGCAGCUCUAGGAUAACUACAGCGAUAAAAUACAAUACUCCAUCGCUACUGUAUGGGCCGCUCAGAGAAUAUCAAAAGAUUGGGCUGGAUUGGCUAGCAAAGCUGUACAGGAAGAAUCUUAACGGCAUUCUGGCAGAUGAGGCUGGGCUUGGAAAAACAGUACAAAUUAUUGCCUUUUUUGCCCACUUGGCUUGUAAUGAAGGUAAUUGGGGCCCCCACCUUGUUGUUGUACGGAGCUGUAACAUAUUGAAGUGGGAGCUGGAGUUGAAGCGCUGGUGCCCAGGGUUGAAAAUACUUCUCUACUUUGGCAGCCAAAGGGAACUUAGGGCAAAAAGACAGGAAUGGACAGAACCCAACAGCUUCAAUGUGUGUAUCACUUCCUAUAAACAGCUGUUCAAAGGCCACACAGCAUUUAUGAAAAUGCGAUGGAAAUACUUAAUAGUAGAUGAGAUGCAACAAAUAAAGAACAUGACUGAGAAACACUGGGAGGCACUUUUCAGUCUCCGCAGCCAGCAUCGUUUGCUUCUGAUAGACACUCCUUUGCAUAACACAUUGAUGGAGUUGUGGACCAUGGUACAUUUUCUGAUUCCGGGAAUUUCCAGACCUUAUCUAGAUUUUCCAGUAAAAGCAGCUAAUGAGGAGAACCAGGAUUAUUGCCAUAAACUGGUCAUCAGGUUACACAGAAUGAUUCAGCCAUUUAUUUUGCGAAGAUCAAAGAGAGACGUUGAAAAGCAGCUAACAAAGAAAUAUGAACAUGUGCUGAAGUGUCGUCUCUCUAGUCGACAAAAAGCUAUGUAUGAAGAUGUCAUACUACAACCAGGAACCCAAGAAGCCCUCAAAAGCGGACACUUCAUCAGUGUCCUGCAUGUCCUGAUGCAGCUGCAACGGAUCUGUAAUCACCCUGAUCUGAUAAACCCCCGGCUUUCAAGUACCUCUUAUGUAUCAGAAACACUGGAAUACAGAACUGCGUCUCUGGUACUGAGUGCCCUAGAAAGAGAUGUUUGGAAGGAGUCGGACCUGUCUCUUUUUGACCUCAUUGGAAUGGAAAACAAAAUGACUCAGUAUGAAGCACAAAUGUUGCCAAAACAAAAAGUUACUAGGAAGUUGAUUGAAGAAAUCUACAGCUCCCCUCCACCACCUGCUAGGCCCAACCCAGUGAAGCUCAAACCAAGCAGGUUGUUUCAACCCGUUCAGUAUGGUCAGAAGCCUGAGGGCAGGACUGUAGCUUUCCCAAGCACUCAAGUACAACGCACGGUGACCACAGCGACGGUAACUCAGCAGGGACAAGUACGAGGAAGAUCACCCAUAGCUACAGUGUCUUCAAAUCAAGCCGCAGCAGCACAGUUUCAGACAACUCAGGCUUCCACCAGUGCUCCAAGACACCAGCCCGCAGCGACCUUCACCACAGCAACUAGCACAGCCAACCCUGUGAAACCGCGGGGCCAGACCUCUGCGCAGGCCUCUCAGCUAGGCCAGGCCCAGCCACAGGCCCCCUCGCACACCAUCCAACAGAGUGUGCUGCCUCAGAGGCUGGUACUGACCUCUCAGGCCCAGGCACGGUUGCCUAGUGGUGAGGUAGUAAAAAUAGCCCAGCUGGCUUCUAUAGCAGGAGCACAAGGCAGAAUCGCUCAGCCAGAGACCCCUGUAACACUGCAGUUCCAAGGGAACAAGUUCACUUUGUCACAUAGUCAACUUCGCCAGCUCACUGCAGGGCAACCCUUGCAGUUACAAGGAAGUGUUCUUCAGAUUGUUUCAGCACCUGGUCAGCAGUAUUUGAGACCUCAGGGUCCAGUUGUAAUGCAGACAGUUUCCCAAGCGGGAAGUGUUCAGAAUGCUCUGAAUGCUUUAGGAAACCAGCAUCAAGCAGGUGUCCCAACUUCCACAGCAGUGACACAGCAAGUUUGUAUUCCAGGUAGAACUGCAGUUACUAAUUUGUCAUCUGGUGACAUGGGAGCAGCGUUAAAACCAGCACCUACGCAUGGACAAUUGCAGGAAACAUAUGAAGAAAAGAACCGGCUUUUGAAGGAGCGCCUGGACAGAAUAUUUUCUGGCAAUGAGCGCCGUUGUUCACGGGCCCCAAUGUAUGGCAGUGACUUGCUGCGUGUGUGUUCUUUGGCUGGUGAAAGAAAGCCCUCUCAGCUGUCUUCCAGUGAAGAGAACAGUUGGAGGUGGGCUGGCUUUGUGAACUGUUGCCUUUCUUCAAGUGCCUCUGGAGGCCCAAGUAACCCAUUGCAAGAAUUGAUCCUGACUUUGGUUCAGCAACAGGAGUCUCUAAAGGAUGUUGUUAACAGGGCUCUCUUUGUAUUGCCAGCUGCAGUUGCUGCUCCCCCAUGUUUGUAUGUAGCAAAUCCUCCCCCUUCAUAUAGUCACAGAUUGAAACUCCUUAAGCACAGUCUGAAGCAGAAGGCAGCUCCACACUUGCAUCAGUUGCAACAGAUUACAGCUCCUCACUUGCUACAGUUCCCUGACCUCCGGCUGGUGCAGUAUGACUCAGGAAAAUUAGAAGCUCUUGCUGUCCUGCUUCAGAAGUUGAAAUCUGAAGGGCGCCGUGUGCUGAUUUUGUCACAGAUGAUUCUGAUGUUGGACAUUCUGGAAUUGUUCCUGAAUUUCCAUUUCCUCACGUUUGUGAGGAUUGAUGAAUAUGCUAACCAUGAACAACGGCAGGAGCUGAUGAAAAUUUUCAACAGAGACAAGCGCAUUUUCUGUGCCAUCCUUUCCUCUCAUAGUCGUUCCACUGGAGUCAAUCUUGUUGAGGCAGACACUGUCGUGUUUUAUGACAACGAUCUAAACCCAGUGAUGGAUGCAAAAGCUCAGGAAUGGUGUGACAGGAUUGGGAGAUGUAAAGAUAUCCAUAUAUACAGGCUUGUCAGUGGUAAUUCUGUAGAAGAGAAGCUUUUGAAAAAUGGCACAAAGGACUUGAUCAGAGAAGUAGCUGCUCAGGGAAAUGACUAUUCAAUGGCCUUUUUAACACAGCAAACAAUUCAGGAAUUGUUUGAAGUUCAUUCUCCUAUGGAGGAUUCUGGAUUUAGAGUGAAAGCAGAAGAAUUUGUAGUACUUUCUCAAGAGCCAUCUCCAUCAGAAAAUAUUUCACCUAAAGUUGCAAGACCAUUCAUAGAGGCCCUCAACAGUAUUGAGCGAGAGGAUGAGGAGUCAAAUGAUGGUGUACAAGAAAUAGGACCUGAGUCAAGCAUCGAACCUUUAAUCUCAGAGCUCUGCGAGACAAAAUACAAUGAAGAGCCCUCACAGCUGCAGGAGUUAGUUGCUGUUGUGGAUCAGCUGACUCCAAUUGAGAAAUAUGCUUUGAAUUAUUUAGAGCUCUUCCACGUUUCAGUUGAUGAGAAUGAGCCACAGUUGAAUGAGAUGGAACUGAAAACUGCAAAGAAAGCAUGGGAAGUCCAGCAUAUGAAGGAGUUAAAGGAAAAAGAGCAAAAAAUGCUUUGGGAGGAUGAAGAGGAACUUCUAACCUACACUCGGGAGGAUGCAUACAACAAAGAAUAUGUCUAUGAAGGUCCAGAUGGACAAACGGAAAUAAUGCCACUUUGGACUCCUCCCACGCCACCUCAGGAUGACAAUGAUAUCUACAUAGAUUCUGUUAUGUGCCUGAUGUAUGAUACCACCCCUAUUCCAGAGUCAAAGUUGCCUCCAGUGUAUGUCAGGAAGGAACGUAAACGACACAAAACAGAUCCAUCUGCUGCAGGUAGGAAGAAAAAGCAACGUCAUGGAGAGACAGUUAUUCCACCUCGUUCACUUUUUGAUCGAGCAACUCCGGGAAUGUUGAAAAUGCGCCGAGAGGGCAAAGAGCAGAAGAAGAACAUCCUGUUGAAACAACAAACCCAGUUUGCAAAGCCUUUGCCAACUCUUGUCAAACCAGCUGCUGAGGCUGGACAGGAUAAUCCAGAGUGGUUGAUCAGUGAAGACUGGGCACUUCUGCAGGCAGUGAAGCAGCUGCUGGAGCUUCCUUUAAAUCUUGCUGUUGUCUCGCCAGCACACACUCCCAAUUGGGACCUUGUUAGUGAUGUUGUUAACUCAUGCAGCAGAGUCUAUCGCUCACCAAAACAAUGCCGAAACAGAUACGAAAAUGUCAUUAUUCCAAGGGAAGAAGGAAAGACUAAAAACAGUCGCCCACUUCGUACCAAUCAGAUCUAUGCUCAAGAUGAGGGUGCAACCCACACGCAACUUUAUACUAAUCAUUUUGAGAUGAUGAAAAUGAUUGCAGGGAAAAGAAGUCCACCUAUCAAACCUCUACUUGGCAUGAAUCCUUUCCAGAAGAAUCCAAAGCAUGCAUCAGUGCUCGCAGAAAGUGGAAUCAACUAUGAUAAGCCACUUCCUCCGAUUCAAGUUGCAUCCCUCCGCGCAGAACGUAUUGCAAAAGAGAAAAAGGCUUUGGCUGAACAGCAGAGGGCACAGCAACAGACAGGCCCACAGCCUCAGCAGCAGCAAGCUGGCCAGCAGCAAGCUCAGCAACCAGCUGUACAGCAAGCACAAGCCCAACCUCAGCCGCAGGCUCAGGCACAGGUAGUUCAGCAGCCGCAGGCAGUAGUGCAGACUGCAGUAACUACUGUGGCCAACACAGCAGUAUUGGCGGGCACGAUCAAAACAGCAGUUACGGGGACCAGUAUACAGACUGCUACAGUGAGUGGAAAUGUCAUAGUGAAUACCGUUGCUGGAGUCCCUGCUGCUACCUUUCAGCCCAUCAAUAAACGUCUGGCUUCACCCGUUAUACCCGGCACGUUGACUACUUCGGGAGGCACUGCGACUGCACAAGUGGUACAUACCCAGCAGCGAACUGCGGCAGCACCUGCUGCUUCUACAGAACUGGUGACCAUCGCAUCGACCCAGGGAGUUCGUGCAGUAACAUCAGUGACAGCAUCAGCAGUUGUAACUACAAACUUAACACCCGUGCAGACCCAGACAAGAUCUUUGGUGACUCAGGUUACACCAGCUACGCCAACAGUCCAGCUGUCCGGCAAAACAAUCACCCCUGCUCACUUCCAGCUUCUGAGGCAGCAGCAGCAGCAGGCUGCUCAGGUGCAGGUCCCACAGAUUCAGGCUCAGGCACAAGCCCAGUCUCCAGCUCAAAUAAAAACUGUAGGGNUUUUUUUGCAGGAGCAGUUGAUCAAGUUGCAGAAGCAGAAGCUGCAGCUUCCCCAGCAGCAGGCAGCGCAGCAGACACAGCAAGGGGCACAACAGCAAACAGCACAAGUACAAGUGCAACAGCAACAGCAAACUCAACAACUCACUGCUGUUACAGCACCUCGUCCUGGCGCGGUUCUCACAGGCACUACUGUGACAAACCUGCAAGUUGCUCGUCUUACUCGUGUUCCUGCUUCCCAGCUCCAAGCACAAGGACAGAUCCAGGCCCAAACUCCACAAGCAGCACAGGUUGCUUUGGCAAAGCCUCCGGUGGUGUCUGUUCCAGCUGCUGUUGUGUCAUCUGCAGGAGUCACCACACUCCCCGUUACUGUUGCAGGCAUUAGUGUUGCCAUUGGGCAGCCACAGAAAGCAGCAGGAGGCCAGACGGUAGUUGCGCAGCCACUGCAUGUCCAGCAGCUUCUAAAACUCAAGCACCAUCAAGCAGCACAGCAACAGAAAGCUAUCCAGCCGCAGGUUGCACAGAGUCAGGCUACUGUGCAGCAAAAGAUAAAUGCUCAACAGGUUACAGUCCAAACCCAACAGCAGACGUCACAACAACAAAAAGUAACUUACACUACACAGCCUGCCAUUAAAACACAGUUCUUAACAACUCCAAUUUCCCAAACCCAGAAACCAGGUGGAACCCAGCAAGUGCAGGCCCAGAUUCAGGUACAGGUUGCGAAACUUCCGCAAGUGGUCCAGCAACAGGCUACUGUUGCCAACAUUCAACAGAUGGUUUCAGUUUCCCAACAGGUACAAGCUCAACCCCAAACUGUGACACUUUCUCAGACGACAGCAGGUCAACAGCAGGUUCAGGUGAUUCCUGCAACAACUGCUACUGCUCAGGUCGUCCAGCAGAAGCUGAUACAGCAGCAAGUCGUGACAACAGCAUCUCCCCAGAUUCAGGCUCCAGGUGUACAGAAUCCAGCCCAGACACCAGCAACAUCUGAAGCCCAGAAUCCACAAGCAAAAGUACAAAUGAGGACGCCUACUGUCAGAUUAAAGGCACCCACUAAACCCAGUUGAACUAAUGAUUAAAAUGCAAUAACAAGGAAACACAGCAUUUCUUGUUUGCUAAGCCAAGUGAGAAGCUACUCCAAACAUCCAAAUGAAGACAAACCACCUCUAUUUUUUUUUUUAGCAGAAGGUUUUUUGCUGGUGAACAUUUAAACAUGGAAACUCUCAUAUAACUUCAGCAUAUUAGCAACCGUUUAGCACCUGAAAUCUGUACAAGAUGCAUUCUGCCAGUGUUCUCUGUGCU